AUAUUUUGUUGGAAAAUUGAAACAUUAUACUUAGCAUGAAAGUUCUUCAUCAGUCUUUCGUCAGUCAACACUUCAUAGAAUCACAGAGGUUAGUUCAGCUAUGACUUGUGAGUAAACUAUGGCCUUUGAGAACUCUAGAUCUGAGGACUUGUCAUCUGAGUGAGUUCUUAAUUGUUAAUUGUUCAAGUGUAAUGUCAUAUGCUCAUAUGGUAGAUCAAAAGUUGAAUCUGAGGCCCAAGCCUAAUGAUAAAAACCAGAGUAAAUUUUAGGUUCAUUGAGCAUAAUAGCCAAAUGACAUAAUGAACAAUGAUCCUAGUAAAAUGUAGCAUCCAUGAUCAUCAGAACAACAAGAUGAACAGUCCUUGCUUAUGAUAUUUCCUACAUUGUGGCUUCUCUUAUUGCUAUUUGCAAAGCAAAAUAGAUCUUAAAUCAUUCAUGAUCAUUCAGUCAUAACAUAUUCAGUAGGUAGCCAGUGCCAGGCUAUUGGUUAUCAAUCCCACAACCAACCUCAUGAGUUAGAACUCAGUCACUCACUCUCAAUAAUACUAUCUCAAUAUUUGGAUGGUACUGCUGACACUUCAUUCAGUAUACUCACUACUAAGUGCUUGGCAGUAAGUAGUUAACACUGAAGUAACAACAUGUACCAUCAAGGUACAUGUGAGGGUGUAUGCACAUAAUCUAACAUCCAAUUGCAACUUAGAAUAUAGCAUCCAAUGCCAAAUAUCACCUAAACCUUCAACUGAGGAGUCAUAAUGCAAACCCUCCAAACAAAUUAAGGUUGAUUCAGGACCCAAGAUCCACAAGAUCCCUCGACAAAUUGAAAAUGCAGGAUCCAAGAUCCCCAGGAUCCCUCGCCAAAUUGAAAAUGCAGGAUCCAAGAUCCCCAGGAUCCCUCGACAAAUUGAAAAUUCAGGAUUCAGGAUCCCUCGACAAAAUCUGAAGUGCAGACUGCAGGAUCUAGAAUCUCCAGGAUCCCUUGACAAAUCUGAAGUGCUGGAUCCAAGAUCCCCAGGAUCCCUCAACAAAAUCUGAAAUGCUGGAUCCAAGAUCCCCAGGAUCCCUCGACAAAAUCUGAAAUUCUGGAUCCAGGAACCACCAAGAUCCCAAAUCUUGGAUCCAGCGGAUCCUGGAUCUCGGAUCUUUUUGGGAUCUUGGCACAAGUCUGCUCACAACUUCAAACAUAAAUUUUUCACAAACCAAGCUAUAAAUGAAGCGGGGAAUAAUUUAUAUCACUAGAUUUUUGGUUGUUUGUAGCAACAACUAUUCACUUUGUAAUACAUCAAAAUUUGAGGAAUAUUUGGACAGUUCAAGGACUGUCCAAAUGUUGACAAUGACAGAAUGCUCAAGGACAAUGAACAAUCAGGGCUCUAGGUCUGUGGUAUGUUAAAUAUCAGGUUCCUCCAAUGGCGGUCAAGUCGCGCCUAGAAUGUCGAGCGAGUCAGCGGACACAACUUCGGCAGGUAAAGCGUUCCAGCUGUUCAUGGUACUGGCGCUGAAGCUGUUUCGCCGUGGGGUCACCGCCCUGGGUUUGAGUGGUGACUGGUACCAUUUUCACUAAAUUCUAUAAAUGACAUCACUGGUGCGUUUGCCCACAUGACUGUAGGCAGAAGACCCCGUAGUUCAUAUUUUAUUGAAUAUUAUUUGGGGUUGUGCCCUUAUGAUCGAAAGGAUCAUAACGAACGAAAUUCAUUUCCUUCGUUUAAUGAUCCUUUCCUUGGUGUUGCUAAUUCUGUAUGCUUGGUUAGGCGAAUUUACAAUUGGCUCAGAAUGUUUUUGCACUUAUUGGUUUCAGAUGAAUGUGAAGCUAUCAUGUUCUUUGUGUCACCACACUGACACAGACUUGAGAGAGUUUUGCCUGCAUUUGCGACGACAUGGAUCAGACCCUUAUUUUCACGUGGAUUGCCCGAUGUGUCGCAAGAAGUUCACCACUGUUCGGUAUUGGAAAGAUCAUGUUUUGUCUAGAAAGUGUUCUCCGGUUGAAGCUGCUGGUUGUGCUUCAAAUGCUCCAGAGACAUCUUCGUCUCAAAAUCAACAAGAAACUGGUGUCGAGAUUGAUUCUGACUCUGGUGACAAGGUUGAAGACGACCCUGGUGCUCACGAUGUGAGAAAACAACUGUUAGGACUCAUAAUCAAACUCCGCGCCCAAAAUGUGACCGAAAAUAGCUGCCAUGCUGUGCUGGAGUUCAUUGAGGACUUUUCGAAAGAAGUCAUCCAAGAGUGUCUGAGCUUAUGUGGGGAGGCACCAUGCUGCCAUCUUGAAGAAUAUUAUCAUAAACUCAAGACUCUGAAUGAGCUGAGCAAGUUACAGGGUAGCGACCACCUAGAACGCACAGCUGUCAAGGAGUUUGAAACGGUUGAUCCUGUAUCUGUGACAUUGGGCACAGACGAACAUGGGAAAGAUGAAACGCUCCAAUACUUGCCAGUUACACCUCAGCUUAAACAACUCUGCGAGCAAGUGAAUGCUUGCGAAGAUGCAACUGCAUCACCAGAUGGGAUACUUGGUGGCCUUCAGGAUGGAUACGUCCAUAACAAUAAUAACAGCGAAGGUCGUUUGCUUCUUUCAGUCUACUAUGACAGUUUUCAAGUAGGCAACCCCUUGGGCAGCAGAGCAAAGAACCAGAAAGUGGGCGUUGUUUAUUUUUCAGUGAACAGUCUUAAGAACAGCGCACUUCGCAACAAAAUCAUCCUUUCGGUAGUCUUUCGAGAGGCACUGCUGGCAACACAUUCAUGGGCAACACUGCUCGACCCACUCAUCACCGAACUUAAAGAGCUUGAAUCAAGCGGUUUUGUGGCAAACAUUCGUGGUGGCUCGCAUUUUACUGCACACGUUGCAGUGUUGAUCGGUGACAAUCUGGGCGUACACAGUGUGGCGGGCUUUUCACAGUGCUUCAGUGGGGGUGCAAUGAUUUGCCGACACUGUCAUGGAACGGCAGAUGAGAUACGAACAAAGACGAAGCUGGAAGAGUUUGACCUCCGUUCCAAAGAAGAUUAUGACUCCAAAGUGAAGCUUUUGCUUGAAGAAGGUUUCGGUGAAUCACUCUCGAAAGCGUACGGCAUCCGAAGCACGUGUCCGUUCAGCUCAUUGACGGGCUUUCACCCGAUGACGUCGAUACCCCCUGAUGUGAUGCAUGAUCUUCUAGAGGGCGUUGUGCCGUCCACCAUUGCUCUGGUGUGCGGUGGUUUGAGCUCUCGCGGUGAUUUGUCUCUGAACGAUGUGAACAGAGCUAUCAGGUCAUUCCCAUACAGUCAGGUGGACACAAAUCAUCCCGCCCCGUUACGCCGUGAUGGAAAGGGUAUAACUGUGAAGCAGCAGGCGAGUGAGGCUUGGUGUCUUCUGAGGCUUUUGCCAUUGAUUCUCCUGAGUGCAGGUGUUCUCUCAUCGGCUGUGUCUGGGAGCAAGAUGUACUCCCUGCUCGUGCAGUUAAUCAAAAUCAUGCUCCUACUCACUGUCUUCACGGUGUCACUGCAAGACUUGGAUAUCCUGCAAGGGAUGGUGGAAAAGUUUUUGACAGACCUUCUCGCAUGCUUUCCGGAGUUCAAACUGACGCCGAAGCAUCAUUUCCUCUUACACUAUGCCGAUCAAACGAGGAGACAUGGCCCAUUGAGGUAUCUAUGGAGCAUGAGAUACGAAGCCAAACAUCAAACCUUGAAGCGGUCUGUGGCAAACUCGCGCAAUCGUAAAAAUAUAUGCAAGAGCAUCGCAACUCGUUAUCAGCUGAAGAGUGUCGCAGAUGCAAUGGAACUACGCGGUCGUAUGAGCGGCGGGCAACCUUUCAGGGGAGAGGUUCCGGAAGCGGCUGCUGCAUUGACGAGAGGGGCACAGCUUUUCAAAAAGGCGCUAAUAAACGGCGAGAAGUACUGCGCGGGUGAAGCUCUGCUGCUGCACACUGGUGUCGCUGUGAUUAUCUGCAUUUGCAAACAUCCAAGCAGCGUUGAGUCGGACAAACAAUUCCUGGUGCAGCACCAGGUGGCCAUUUAUGACACAUCCUUGGGAGCUUUUAUCAUUUCUGGAACAGAUCAAUAUGAUGUAUUCGACUGUGCGAGUCUCGUUGAUCCCCAGCCCCUCGGCACGUACUGGAUCAAUGACCACCACUAUGCCGUUCCUCGGAGGCUGAUACCCGGCUACGGGAUGCUGUAGAACGAUAGGACCACGAUCGCCAUGCUGACCUACGUGGUGCAGCAACACGACAUCAACCGACUUGUGACUGUGAAGAAUAAGGGUGAUGUUUUGGCGGCCGCAAAAGAGGCGUUUUCUCUGUCUGGCAGUUAUUGCUUAGAGCUUUACCACAAGGAGUCCGAAUUGUAUGUUCGCAUCGAUAACCCAGUAGACGACCUACCAUGUGGCGGACGGAUUCGCCUUGUCCCCGUCCAAGUCUCCAGCCCACCAGUGUCAUUCAUCCAAAGAUGUCUCAGCACGGCCGACACCAUCCCCGUCCUGACGAUGACAGCUUCUCCUGGCGCCUUGGGAACUCCCUCCUGUUCCAAGGAUUCAGCAGUGAUCGA